AUGUCUUUAAUAAAAUUGAUUAGUUUACGUUCAUUUCAACCAAUAUUUAUUCGUACGACUCAAACAAAUGCAAAAAAUGCUUCAAAAAAGCCGACAACAGAGAAAACUAAUGAUGAACAUUUUUUGAAUGAAGUACCACCAGAAAAUGAUAUUCCAGAGGAAACACCAACAUCAGCAGGUCGUGAACGAUCAUUAAAUCGUAUUCAAUUAAUAGGUCGAGUUGGUGCAGAUCCUAAAGUUGGUGGAACACAAAAACAUAAAGUAAUUACAUUUAAUCUAGCGACAAAUGAAUAUGCAGGAACAAGUGCAACAAGUGGAGAAAUAAAACAACGUGUUGAUUGGCAUCGUAUUGCUAUAUUUCAACCACGUUUAUUAGAAAAUGCUGAAAAAUAUGUUCGUCAAGGUGAUAGAUUAUAUAUUCAUGGUCGUCUUCAUCAUAAUUUAAUUAAAGAUAAACAAAGUGGUCAAGAUCGUUAUGUCACAAAUGAAACGACUAAUAUCUCAAUAUCUCAAACAGCAAAUAAUAUACCUGUAGAUCGAAUUGAUAGUCCAUAUAGAAUUAAUAUUGAAGAGUAUCGAUCAACAUUUAAAGAUGGCGUUUAUAUUCGUCUUGAAACACAAAUUCGUUGUCAAUUACGUGUUUAUUGGUUUGUAAAUAUACAAAAUUUUUAUUCUGAAUUAGAUUCAAUAGAUUUUCGUUUAUCAUUAUUGAAAAAUCGUUUUUUGAAAAAUCAUUCUGCACAUCAAGAAAUAUUUAAUUUUGAACCGGCAGGUGAUUAUAUACAAUGUGUUAAAUUUUCAGAUGCUGAAAAUUAUUUAAUAAAAAAUAAUACAGCACGUCGAGAAUAUCCUUUAGUUAUUGUUGUUCAUAGUUUUAUUGAUGAAAAUUCACAAGAAUUUUUUCAAUUGCCAAUACAAGUAGUUACUUUACAUGUAAAAUCAUCGAUACCACAAGAUCCUCCGACGAAAGUUAUAGGACGAAUUUCUAAAUUAGCUAAUGGACAAUCACUUGUCGUACAAGAUAUAUAUACACCAGGUGCUUUUAUCUCUGAUGAUGCAUGUGCUGUUUGUCUAACUGAACGCGUUAAUCAUGUUUUAUUACCAUGUAAACAUGCAUGCAUAUGUCAAAAUUGUUUUUCUCUUAUUGAUAAAUGUCCUAUAUGUCAAAGAUUUAUAUGUAAUAUUAUAUUUUAUCAAGAGUAUCCAUACGAAUUGGUUCGCUUGGUGUUUUUAUUUCUUGUUACACUACUCAUUUUAUUUCAAGUUGUUCAAAGUCGUAGUGUUUUUCCAGAGACAGUCGCUCGUCAUAAAAGAUCAUUAAGUAAUGUUAAUUAUAUGGAUUUAUGCAUGUUUCGAAAAAGUCGUCUAUGUAAUUAUUUACGUACAAUGGAUAAUGAAAAAUUUGAUCGAAUAGGAGAUGAUCAAGAAGUGUGGAGACGUGGCUUGAGUCAAUUCUACAGUAAUUGGUAG